AUGACUAGAAACAAGGUCAAGCUUGCUUACAUUCAAAAUGACACCGCUAGAAAAACCACAUUCAAGAAGAGGAAAGUCGGUGUUGUGAAGAAAUUAGAUGAGCUCACCACGCUAUGUGGCAUCGAGGCGUGUACCGUCAUCUAUAGCGCCUUUGAUCCCCAACCUCUCGUCUGGCCAUCGGUAGAUGAAGCCCGAAGACUUAUCAUGAAGUUCAAGAGUUUUUCGGAGGUAGAUCAAGUGAAGAGGAAGGUAAAUCAAGAGACAUUCACGAGACAAAGGCUCCAAAAGAUGGAGGAGAAGCUGCGAAAACAACAAAGAGAAAACCGUCAUAAGGAAAUGACACAUACUAUGUUUCAAUCUAUGAUGGAUCCGCAAGCAGUAAUGUUGAUGAUGAAUAUGGGAGAUUGCGAGGAAUUGACUAGAGUUGCCAAUCAAAACAUAAUGGAGGUCGAGAGAAUGAUGGAGAUGCGUCGAAGGGAAUCCUCCUCUUUCACCCGUUCUCCUCCUCAAGGAGGCGUAGAAGGGAGUGGUGGUAGUAAUAACCAACAACUUGUUUUGAGUCAUCAUGAAUUCAUGACUCCAAAUCAUAGAAGGUUUCAAUCUUCGAGGCAUGAAGGUAGUGGUAGUGGUAGUGGCAGUGGCAGUGGCAGUGGCAGUGGCAGUGGUGGGCAGCAACUUGGUUUAAGCCAUGAAUUCAUGCCUCCAAAUCAUGGAAGGCUUCAACCACCAAGUCUCGACUUUUCCAUGGCGCCAAGCAUGACAUAUCCUCCUCCAAUCAUGACCUUCCCGCCUCCGAACAUGACAUAUCCCCCGCCCGCCAACAUAGAGUUUUCGCCUUUGUCUAUGGAUUUUACGCGAAAUGAGAUGGCCUACAUGCAUCCUCACAUGGGAAUGUCAUACUCGAGCAACCAGCCUACAUUUCCUUACUACCAUAAUGCCGACAUGAGUCCACAAGACCCCUCUUCACAUUAA